ACGAGGCAUAUUCUUCCGGGUUAUUUUGUCAUGCCAUGUGUUGUGGUAUGUGAGCUCAAGCGCUAGUUCUGUUUAUAUCAAAAUGAGUUCUCAAAAAGGCAACGCAUCUCGCUCACGAGGACAGAAGCACCAAAACACGACUGCUUACAAGAACGACAAAUAUGGAGCAAGUGUUCAAGUGAAGAUAGCAAACUCAAAGGUCCACAACGGAUUGUGCCAACGCUGCAAGGAAGUUAUUGAGUGGAAAGUCAAGUACAACAAAUACAAAUCCCUCACCCAACCUCGAACAUGUGUGAAAUGUUCUCAGAAGACCGUGAAGGAUGCGUAUCACGUCAUUUGUAAACCCUGUGCCCUGAAGCUGGAGCUUUGUGCCAAGUGUGGGAAGAAAGAGGACAUCGUCAUUCCGGUUAACACAAAGGAGGAAGAGGAGGAAGACCCCAAUCAAAAGAAGACCGGACGCACUCGGAGGAAGAAGGACUUAGAUGAGUUUGACAAUGACAAUGACUUUGGCGAUUUGAGCAGUGACUAUGAGGACUUUCCCAGUGACUCGGGUCUUGAGAAGGCAGGAGGCAAGGUCCCUAUCCCUGACGUGGCACUUGUUAGUUUCAAAGACUAAAGACAGCUAAACCAAGAUCACCCUAACUGUACCUCUCCUGUAUUCAUUGAAAUGGAUUAAUAUACUUAUCCUCUGUGAUUAUACAUACUUUUGCAUAGAAGCCUCCACAGUAGAUUUCACCACUCUAAAAUACAAUAGCCUACUUAUAUUUGGUGUUGGGACAUUUAAAUGGACAAGCCCACUUUCAAUUAACUGUUUUAUAAUAAAUCCUAUGAGACAUCAAUUUUGUUCUGUUUUGAUAGCUUUAAGGAAGCGUUAUCCUGUCGUGUUUGAAGGACAAUUGACAAGCAUUACUGUGAAUAAAUUCAUUAUAGUGA